GAGAAAUUUGGGGAUGAUGCCAAAACCCGAGCUCAGGAUGCCGCUGUACCUACAGAGCCACCCCCACUUAGCCCAGUCCCUUCUCCCUUCCAGCCCAGACCCUCGGCUUCGCUGGGCUUGGGGACCACCAGUGCCACCACCUGGUACAAGGAUGGGCGCCGCUGGGGGCAGCAGGGACAUGACCGCCUCACUGUCACUGAGAAUGGCACCUACGAGUGUAACAGACCUGGCACUGGGCUCAGCCUCCCCAUGAGAGUCUUAGAUGACUGGCUGGUGCUGCAGGUGCCAGCAAGGCCACUGCUGGAGGGGGACACGGUGACACUGCACUGCCGGGACCGCUGGAACAACCGUGUCACCUGGCUGUCCUUCUACCAUGAGGAGAAGCAGCUGGUGGAGCUCCGAAAUGGGACAGAGCUGACCCUGUUCCCUCUGAAGCUGCACCACAGUGGGCGCUACCACUGCAAGGGUUGGCUGACAGGCAUGCCUGUGGCCAAUGCCACCAUCACCCCCGGUCCUCUGGCACAUGAGGUGCGUGCAGGUGACCCUGUGACCCUGCGCUGCUUGGUGCAGGUGGGCUCAGCCCCUGUCACCUUCACCUGGCUGCACAACAGGCAGGAGGUGACCCGGGGUCCCCUCCUGGAGCUCAGGGACGUCGAUGUGGAACAUUCAGGCACCUACUAG